AAAAAAAACUCUAUUAUUUCUUUUAGAGGAUAAAGUCCUCUGACUGAGUUGGAUGCUUGAAGCUAGCUAUCUUAUCUUACCUUUCUUAGCAUCCUUCAUUACCUCUUAUUCUUCUUCGUUACCAAUAUGAAGUCAAUCAUAUAUUCAUUGUUUGCUCUCUCUUUACUUUCACUAUCAUCAGCCCAUGCUCAAUGCCAUUUCCCAGCGAUCUUCAACUUCGGCGACUCUAACUCCGACACCGGCGGUCUCUCUGCCGCUUUUGGCCAGGUAGGUCCUCCUCACGGCAUUUCCUUCCCCGGCUCACCCGCCGGGAGGUACUGUGACGGUCGCCUCGUCAUUGACUUCAUAGCGGAGAGUUUUGGAUUACCGUAUCUAAGCCCGUUCCUAGACUCGGUCGGUUCAAACUUCAGCUAUGGCGCUAACUUUGCGACGGCGGGAUCUCCCAUCAGAGCUGUCAACACCACUUUUCGUCGAACUGGAUACAGUCCAUUUUCACUCGAUGUUCAGGCCGUACAAUUCUCCAACUUCCACAACAGAUCCCAAACAGUUCGCAGUCGUGGAGGAAUUUAUGCGAAGAUGCUGCCUGAAGCCAACAGUUUCUCUAAGGCGUUGUACACUAUUGACAUCGGACAAAACGAUCUCACCGCUGGUUACUUCGCCAAAAAGACCGUACAAGAAAUUGGAACCACCGAUGUUCCUGAGCUCAUCAGCCAGUUCAAGACUGCUGUCACGAAUAUAUACAAAGAAGGAGGGAGAUACUUCUGGAUUCACAACACAGGACCCAUCGGUUGUUUAGCUUAUGUGAUCGAGUGGUUUCCGCUCCCAGAAUCAGACUUUGACGCACACGGAUGCGCCUCUCCCUUGAACCAUUUGGCUCAACAGUUCAACGACGCCUUGUCACAAGCCGUGACCGAGCUUAGAGCUUCUUUGUCUGAAGCUGCCAUUACUUACGUAGAUGUCUACUCUAUCAAAUACGAGUUGUUCGCUCACGCGCAGGAACAUGGGUUCAGUAAGUCGUUGGUUUCUUGUUGUGGCUAUGGAGGGAAAUACAAUUACAACAGGAAGACUGGGUGUGGGAAGAAGAUUAUUGUGGAUGGCAAAGAGGUUUUAAUUGGCAAAUCGUGCGAUGAGCCUGGCAAGGCUAUCGUGUGGGACGGUAUACACUUCACUCAGGCUGCUAAUAAAAUUAUAUUCGAUAAGAUCGCAACUGGGCUGAGCAUGGCCUGUCACAAGCAGUUACUAUAAAAAUAAACUCAGAGAAAUUUUAGAAAAGCUUCACUUGUUCUUGUAACUGCUAUGUUUUGGCUGUCGUUUUGAACUUUUAAGAUUGGCAAUAAGGUUUUUGGUGAGAUAGGUUCA